CAAACACCGAAAAUAUAUGUCUUUUACAUUUACGACUCCAAGCAAUCGGUUAUACUAACAAAUUUUUAUAGUAUUUAAAAAUUUUCCAUAUGAUGUUCUGCAAGUUACGUCGCCUUGAAUUGCUCCGUAGUGGGCAAUUGUCGGACUGUGAGCUGCAUGUGUGGUAUAUGGAUAAGUUUAAAAAGAGCUGCUGCCGCCAGUUUCAGUGUCACAAGGUAAUGCUGGCCUCCGCCUCGGAGGAGUUCGAGCGCAUGUUCGAACAGACGGAAACCAGAACCAGAAACAUGCUGGUGAUGAAUGUGAAUGAUGCCUCGCCCGAUGCAUACGAGACCCUUCUGCUCUACAUCUACACCUAUGAGAUAUACAAUGACAUAACUAUCGAGAUGUGUCCAGAUCUCAUCUAUUUGGCAACCAAAUAUAAGAUGCCCGACUUUGUCGAUGGCUAUAUUGGCAAGUUGGCCAACCAGAAUUGGCCUAUGGGCACGGUGCUGAAAAUCUUUCAGCUGGCCAACGAGCAUAAUCGACCGGCCAUGAUGAAGCUGGUGGGAAAGAAAAUUGUGCCCUUUGCGAAUAAGCUGCUCAAUGACAACUCUUUUCUCAAAUUCUCCGUUAAGGAGCUACAUGCGCUGAUGGUCAUUUUGAAAAGCGCGGGCACCGUUUCAGACAAGGAGCUGCUGCAGUCCUUGAAGAAGUAUCAGGUAUACAACAAUUUGCAUUAUAGAAAUAUGGCGUGCUUUCAGCAAUUUGUCGAGGUGACGCAUCUAUUUGGCGAGCCACUCUUCGAGGCGGACGGCACCUUGGCCAUAAGCGACAAUGACGAAAAUGAAAUAGAAGCAGCUGAAUCGCCAGAAGAACCGUUUGUAGAGGAACCAGAACUACCACAAUCACUAACACCUAAGGAGGUCGCAGCUGCAGCAGAAAUACAACCAAUAUCUGGCGAGGACAAACCUGAAGACGAACAAUUGCCAACAUCUAGCGAGGACGAGGGCCGGCCUGCGCCAAACAAGUUCAAGAAAUCAGCAGGAUCACCAACAGCGGAAAAACGAACACUGCAGAGAUCACCGCAGCGAGCAUCACCUCGAAAUUCAAAACGAAAUAGCAUUAAAUGAAUUUUCUCUUGCGUAUUAAAUAUUGAUG